AUGAAAUACACAACAGCUGAAAUAUCAACGCUGAUUCGGGAUGUAACUCCGAUACUGGAAAAAGAGAAUACAUUAAUCGAAAUCCAGGCUCCAAUCACAGUUUGCGGUGAUCUACACGGACAAUUCAACGAUCUUAUCAAUAUAUUCCUUGUGCUUGGUCAACCGCCGUGGAAGGUUGCUUAUUUCUUAAGACUGUUCAAAUCGUAUGUUCAGAUCAAAUUGUCGUCAUCAAUGUUUGUAAUAAUCACGGCUGAACCAAAGUAUUCAUUAAUGAGUAUCGCGUAA